ACAGAGGUCAGCGGGGACCAAUCAGCGCUGGCCCCGCCUCCUGUCGUGUGUCUGCGCUCAGUCCGGAGCCGCUGUCCCCGAGAAGCCAUGGAGCGGAAGAUCGCCCGGGAGUUCCGACACAAGGUGGAAAAAUUCAUUGAAAAUGAGGCAGAGAAGGAUUAUCUGUACGACGUGCUGCGCAUGUACUACCAGUCCAUGGACCUUCCAGUGUUUGUUGGGGAUCUGAAGCUUGUCCUCAGUGAGCCGUCCCGGCUACCCAUCUUUGAUGCCAUUCGCCCCCUCAUCCCUCUCAAGCACCAGGUGGAGUAUGAUCAGCUGACGCCCAAACGUUCCAGGAAGCUAAGGGAGGUGAAGCUGGAUCGUUCUCACCCUGAUGGUCUCGGCUUCAGUGUCAGGGGGGGACUGGAGUUUAUUUGUGGCCUGUACAUCUCCCACAUCAUGAAGGAAGGACAAGCGGACAAUGCUGGUCUACAGAUUGGCGAUGAGGUGGUGCGGAUUAAUGGCUACUCAAUUGGCUCGUGCACUCAUGAGGAGGUCGUCAGUCUCAUCCGCACCAAGAAGAUCGUGUCCAUAAAAGUGCGGCAUGUUGGGAUGAUUCCUGUCAAAAGCUCGGCGGAGGAGCCUCUGAAGUGGCAGUACGCUGACCAGUUUGUGUCUGAAACCAAGGACGGGAGGAGCAGUGUGGCCGGACUGGCCUCCAUAGGAGGGGACAUCAAGGAGAAGAAGGUCUUCAUCAGCCUGGUGGGCACCACGGGCAUGGGGUGCAGCAUUUCUAGUGGACCCUCUCAGAAGCCCGGGAUAUUUGUGAGCAAUGUGAAGGCCGGCUCCCUGUCUGCAGAGGUCGGCCUGGAGGUCGGUGAUCAGAUUGUGGAGGUGAACGGUGUGGACUUCUCCAGCAUCGACCAUAAGGAGGCCGUGCGAGUGUUAAAAAGCAGCAGGACUCUGACGCUGAGCAUUCUGACCGGAGCGGGUCGGGAGUUCUUUAUGACGGAGGAUGAGAGGCUGAUGGAGCAGCGGCGCCGGGAGCUGGACCGCCAGGAACUGCUGCGCCAGAAGAAACUCGCCAUGGAGAGCAACCGAAUCCUGAGAGAGCAGCAGGAGAAGGAGAAGCAGAGGAAGUUGGAGAUUUCCCAGAAGAUGGCGGAGGAAGAGGAGCGAUACCGCCAAGAGAUGGACAGGAUCGCUAAACGGGAGGAAAAAAUCAGGAAAGAUUGGGAAGAAGACUGGGAGCCAAAGGAGCAGCCGAAGAUCCCAAAGCCUGCACCCCCGACACAGCGCAGCCCCCCAGCCAAGCACAAGACGUUCGGAUGGUUUUACCGAUAUGAAGGGAAGUUCCCGACUCUGAGGAAGAAAGGAAAAGAGAGAAAGAAAUCCAAGGCGGAGAGUGUGCACGAGCAAAAGAAAAAUAAGAAGGAGGUGGAGUUCGAGCAGAAAUUGGCCAUAGGGAAGGAGGAGAUGCUGGAGAAAGAGAAGCAGCUGAAGAUCAGUCGUCUGGUGCAGGAGGUGUCCGAGACAGAGCGGGAAGAUCUGGAGGAGUCGGAGAAGGUCCAGCAUUGGGUGGAAAGACUCUGCCAGACGCGACUCGAGCAAAUCUCCUCUGCUGAGAGCGAUGCUCAUGAGGGAGCCGGACAUCCGCCAGUUGCUGCUGCUUCUCCUGCCGGCGCCGUGCACAGGUUUGUUGGCGGCCUCCAGCUUCACACCACAGAUCUGGAUGAUGUUAAUUUAGAGGACACCAGUCGUCCUGUUAAACGUCCAGCGCCUCCUCCGCCAUCUUCACUGCACCCAAUGUCUGCUGCACCCCCUAACGUCACAAUGAUGAGGAGGAGCGCACCGCCAGUGCCCACUCUGCCCUCCAGGACUUCUCCAGUUCAGCCAGCAUGGAUGCAUUUGUCCUCGCCUGCAGCGCCUCCACCAUCAUCUCCCCGGCCUCCACUGCCUUUCAACGAGGAGCUGAAAAGAGGAAGAAGAGUACUGAGGUCGUCCAACCCCGAACCGGCCUACCCCCCCAGCCCCAAGGUCGUCAGGAACACUUCACACGUCAGUAAGAUCUCGUCCUCCUCCAGCAAUCAUCUGCAUUUGGCUCCGAGUCCUCCCUCCCAGCGCCGUCCGACUGUGCCCAUCCCCUCUAAACCCAUCAUGUUACCCCCAGACGCCAGCCUCAUUCUCAGAGCGCCAGUGAAGCCGGACCCCCUGCAGCCGGAGAUGUUGAAGCGAAUGGUCGUCUACAACUCGUCCUUUCAAGCAAAUAAGAGACAAGGAUUCCAGAAGUACGUGGAUGACUUUGACCCCUACACAAUGUUCACUGCGGAGCAGAUUGCGGGGAAAGACGUCCGGCAGCUGAGAAUAAAAAAGGAAGGGGCGCUGGACCUGGCGGUAGAAGGUGGCAUCGAGUCUCCAAUUGGAAAAAUCGUUGUGUCUGAGAUCUAUGACGGGGGCGCGGCUGACAACCAUGGUGGGAUUGUGCGAGGGGACGAGAUCCUGGCCGUGAACGGGAAGGUUCUGACGGAUGUGCCUUUAUUGGAAGCAAAGAGCAGCCUGUCAAAAGCCUGGAGCUCCGGAGGGGAUUGGAUCGACCUGGUUAUUGCCGUAUCUCCACCAAAGGAAUAUGAUGACGUAGUGACGUUAUUUUAAAGAAGAAAAAAUCCCGGAAGAGCCCAGAGAUCUCCAGCUACACUGGUCGCUCCCGGGCCCUGACUCCACCUGAUGUGUUGCUGCCAGAUUUCGUACACCCCCCCCCCUUCCUAGAAGCCCCCGAUCAGAGGCCGCCUCUCUGCAGGGGGUACUGACAGGCAGAGGCUGUGCAUCGACGCCAUUCUGAAUGGAAAAUGGAAAAACAGUAAAAAAACAAAAAGCAAAACGUAUCUUGUCCUCCGCAGCCUCUAGUUACACGAGUCGAAUAAAGACCCUUGUGCAUCAAG